AGAACAUCCCAGACAACUCCAGAGGUUGCCACAACCGGCAGAAGUACCACUGUGGCUGAUAGAACAUCCCAGACAACUCCAGAGGUUGCCACAACCGGCAGAAGUACCACUGUGGCUGAUACAGCUGCUCAAACAUCUGAUAUUGGCACAACUUCUGUUUUAACCACUGGGAUUGAGACUACUCUAGCAAAGAGCAGUACAGAAGCUUUAUCCACCAGAACAUCCCAGACAACUCCAGAGGUUGCCACAACCGGCAGAAGUACCACUGUGGCUGAUACAGAAGCUUUAUCCACCAGAACAUCCCAGACAACUCCAGAGGUUGCCACAACCGGCAGAACAGUUGUGGCAGAGACAACAACACCAGCAGUGACUACAUCUGCUGAAGUUGUGGCAGAGACAACAACACCAGCAGUGACUACAUCUGCUGAAACUACUUUUGCUGAAAGUACCACCACAGAGCAGAGAUCAACUACAGCUGCACAGAGAACAUCCCAGACAACUCCAGAGGUUGCCACAACCGGCAGAAGUACCACUGUUGCUGAUACUACUGUUGACGUCGAGACUACCAUUGCAGCAGAGACAACUGCACACACCACUUCACCUGCACACACCACCGUGAUCGGGACAACCAUUGCAGCAGAGACAACUGCACACACCACUUCACCUGCACACACCACACCAGCAGUGACUACAUCUGCUGAAACUACUUUUGCUGAAAGUACCACCACAGAGCAGAGAUCAACUACAGCUACAUCCCAGACAACUCCAGAGGUGGCCACAACCGGCAGAAGUACCACUGUUGCUGAUACUACUGUGACUACAUCUGCACAGACAUCAGCUGGUGCGAGCACAUCCCUUGGAAUAACCACU